UCUCCAUCAUAAAACGACCCAUUGCUCACUUGCUGUGGGAAGGACCCCACUUGGAUAAACAAGAGAGGAGUAAGCUGAGCUUAGUACUUGCAGUAUUUCUUCGUGAAGAUUUGAUGUUUUGUCAAUGCCAAUCUAUAACUUCACACUGUAUUUUACACACUGAUUACAGAGAACCGUUUUUUUCUCGAAGUGCAUUGUUUGUGUGGUAAUCAAUAAAGAGUCCAUGUUUGACGAUCAACAAAUCGAUACAAAAAAUGCAGCACAUAGAGGAUUUGGUCAACAAAACCGAAUCUUAUGAUAAGCACUACGAUGUCCUUAAUGAAUUAGGAAGGGGUCGCUUUGCAGUUGUGAAGAAAUGCACGUGCAAGAAAACAGGAAAACAUUAUGCUGCUAAGGUUAUAAAAAAAUCAAGAACAAACAGUCAUGGACGGAGUGGGAGAGAGCAAUUACUUUUAGAAAUUGACAUUUUAAAUCAAUCCAAUCACCCAAAAAUGGUUCGAUUAUAUAAUGUGUUUGAGACACGUACUGAAAUGCAGCUUAUAUUGGAAUUUGCUGCGGGCGGAGAUUUACACAGACAUUGCAUCGAAGGAGAUGUUGCACGAACUGAGAAGGAAAUAUGUUAUUUAAUUCGUCAAAUCUGCGAAGCUGUUCGCUACUUACACGAUCAAAAUAUUGUUCAUCUUGAUCUUAAGCCAGACAACAUUUUACUGGCUAAACAUUCAGAGGUGUUCCCUGAAAUCAGACUUAUAGAUUUUGGAUUGUCUCGUCGACUCGAUGUCCCAUACAGUCAGUUUGAUAUUGUUGGUACACCAGAAUAUGUUGCACCAGAAGUUUUGGCGUAUGAACCGAUUGAUUAUGGUUCUGAUAUGUGGAGUGUCGGCGUCGUUACUUAUGUCUUGUUAAGUGGUAUCUCUCCGUUUGCUGGUGACGAUGUUAUGGAAACUUACUCAAAUAUCGGCAUGGUUGAAUAUGAUUUUGACUGCGAAGAAUUUGACGAUAUAUCUGAUGACGCCAUUGACUUCAUAGAGAAGUUAUUAAUACGGCAGCCAAAGAAGCGGAUGAGUGCUUGCGAAGCGUUGGAGCAUUCUUGGUUAAAACAACUAGAAGGCGGAUUGACAGCAGAAGAUGUCAUCCAAGCUCAACAUAUACAGUUGGAAAAACCAGAGGAUGUUGUGAUCUCGCCUCUCGUAGAAGACGAAUACCCUUCCUCUAGCGAGAGUGAAACACCGUUAGAGAAAUCGACCGAAAUUUUAAAGGAUAAAACGAGUGACAGUGUCGCUAGUGACAAAAAAGAAGAAAAAAAUGAGAAAGAAACGAAUAUAGAUACUGCUGCCGAAAAUGAAACGAGUUUUGUUGAUAAAAGCGAGCCGGGUCCUGUUGGUGAGGAUGAACCGAAUUCUGUUAACGAGAAUGAGUCGACUUCUGUUAGCGGGAAUGAGUCGACAUCUGUUAUCGAAAAGGCACCAAGUUCCGUUAGUAAUAGCAAACCAAGUCCUGUUGCUAACAGCGAAACGGACGCUAAGAUAACCAGCGAAGCCAAAGAAAAUAUUGACGAUAAUAAAUCAAAGAACGAAAAAACGAUUCCAAAAGAAGCUAAAAAAUCAAAAGAAAUGGAAAAAAAAGAAGUUUCUAAGGAAAAUAAUAAAGAAGCAGAGAAUAAAAAAAAGAUUCUAGAAGAUGAAGAGAAUAAAAAAGAGGUCCUAGAAGAAGAGGAGACUCAAGAAGAUAAGGAUGGAAAAAUGGAAGUUGAGAGGGAUUCUGUUCAACAUGUGGACAAAACUACACCUCACACCAGUGAACCCAAAGUUGGAAAAAUCGAGAAAGUAACAAAAAAAACAGAAAUCGUCGAGGAAAAAAAACCUGUUGUUACUUCGAGUGAUAAAUCAUUGCACAAAAACACUGUUAAACCGAUUAGUACUGGCAUGCCUAAGCUUACCGCGUUAGAAAAAAGAAAACAGGCAUUUGAGUUAGCUGCAAAAGCAGAUAGUGUGAAAAACAACAGGACACCGAAUCGUUUUGAAAGACCAUCAAGUGGAAGAACCUCUUCUUCUAGUAGCACGUCCAGCACACCAAGUCGAACGGAAUCUCCCACAAAACUAACAGGGCGUAACUCUCAAAAUGGAAGCAACAAAUCCUCCGCUGAGAGUUCUCCUGUCAUCGCUAGAAAAGAAGAUGUUCAUCGCUCGGCAUCUCCUACAACCACGCCUGCUGUUGGUUCACCGGCUCGGUUGCGUAAAGAAGGUAACAAUCGGGAAGGUGCGAAGUCGCCUGCUGGAAAAUCUAACUUGCAUAAUACAUCUGUACGUGGGAAGAUACCUGGAGGAAUUGCAGCGAAAAUGGCGGGAAAGUUUUCCAACAUGGCUGAGUCAACUCCCGGUAGAAGUUCUCCUAAACCAAUGUUUGUAAAACGAAAUAGUAUGGAAAAAAUGUCUAAACCAACCACACCAACGGAGAGUGGGGAAAAGCAUUUACCAGGAACUUCUGAGAAACAAGAAUCGCAGGUAAAAGAGGAAUUACCAAAGACGAAAAAAACACAUUCGAAAGAAGAAGAUGCGUCAAAAGUUGAGAAGAGCGAGAGCAAUAAAAAAACAGAAUCGCCUAAAAUCGUCCAAUCAAAAACACCAACACAUACAAAUAGUUCAGCUUCUUCAGCAGCGGAUAUAAAGAAUAAUAAUGACACUAAGACCGAGGAUCAGACAAACAAACAACCUUCUGCACUUCCGAAAGAUUUGAAAGUUAGCAUGACUUUAGGUGGUGGAAGUAUGAGUCCAUCUGGAAAGAAGUUGACGGUAGGAAAACUAGUAAGCAGUGCCAGCAAAAAACAACAAGAACAAGACGAGAAGAACGACGAAGCAGAGGAAAAAGAUCGAAAUUCUUCAGAACCGCCGCCCAUGAAACUACAAAUGGGUAAAGGAGGCUCCGUCAAAAUGAAGUUGGGUAUUGGUCGCCCGAACAAGAAACCCGAAACAAACGGGGAUGAUAUACGUGCGCCUAAACUGAAAGAGUUGCGAGGUAAAAGCACGAGCUUAUCACGAAGACGAGCUGAUAGCUCACCAAAUAGCCCACGCAAAAAUUAUCGCCGACUUUAUGUGACGAAAGUUCGUAACUCGAAACUUUACGACCCCGACUUUAAUAUUAUGAACUCCGAAGCGGCGAAAAUUAUGCAGCGUGUCGAUAACGAUGUUUUGCAAGUUGAACUUCGACUGACAUCAACAGAUUUGAAGUUGUUACCAUAAACUUCACGUAAACCCGAACGUUUAAGUACACGAACUGAGAACAGAGAAAACACUGGAAAAAAGAGCUGUUUUUUUAAUUUUUUAUUAUUAUUGGCUGUUCAGAGAGUUAAUUCACUUAUUGAACGUAGCAAAAAAGAAAUAGACGAAACAGUUAUAAGCUAAACAGUUUGGUUUUGUUACGAACUAUUUUUUAUUAUUUUUUUGUAUGUUAUGUAAGUAAAGUUGUAACAGUCACAAUCA